AUGGCGUCCCUAUUAGAACUCUCUGUCUCUCCUCUGGCACAACAGACUCUUCCCCCACCGACCCACGCCCGUCACUUCCCCCACCGACCCACGCCCGUCACUUCCCCCACCGACCCACGCCCGUCACUUCCCCCACCGACCCAUGCCCGUCACGCUCCCUACUCACCCCCCACGCCCGUCACUUCCACCUCCACCGACCCACGCCCGUCACUUCCCCCACCGACCCACGCCCGUCACUUCCCCCACCGACCCACGCCCGUCACUUCCCCCACCGACCCACGCCCGUCACGCUCCCUACUCACCCCCCACUUCCACCUCCACCCCUCCUCUCUCCCACAGUCACUCUCCCCCCCCUCCACGCUCCCUACUCCCCUCCACGCCCGUCACUCUCCCUCCCCCACACCCGUCACUCUCUCCCCACCCUCACACCCGUCACUCCCCUCCACGCCGGUCACUCUCCCUCCCCCCCCGCCCGUCACCCUCUCCCCACGCCCGUCACUCUCUCCCCACGCCCGUCACUCUCUCCCCACGCCCGUCACUCUCCCUCCUCCCCCCACCCCUCACUCUCUAACCUCCCACCAUCUACCUCCCCGUCUCCACUAUGCUAAGCUCCUGAGCCCAGCUGUCUCCACUAUGCUAAGCCCCUGA